AUGGCACUACCCGAAGAUGUGAUAUAUGAAAUAUUUUCAUGGUUACCUGCAAAAUCAAUCUUCAAGUUUAAGUCAUGUUCCAAAUCUUUAUCCAGUUUCACAAGCAAUGCAAAUUUUGCAUUUAAGCAAGCUCAAAACAUGAUGCUAAAAGGAGACUGUUCCCUUUUCAUUGAAGGAAUAUUUAUUUCUAGAGAAUACCCUCACACACAGCGUCAAAAAACAGAGAUGCACAGAUUACCUGGAAAUAAGACAUCAUCUUCUUUGGGUAUUCCCAAAGCGUUUCUUCAAUUUCUUGAUGAAAGGUCAAUAAGAAUCGUUGCUUCUAGCAAUGGGCUGCUACUUUGCUUGAUCUUACCAGAACUAGUAUUAUUUAUAUGUAACCCUGCAACACACUCUUGCUUCACCAUUGCUUCCCCAGCAUGCUUAUUGCUCAAACAUUGUUAUUACCGAGUACUCGAAUUUGCCUUUGUGUGGAACCAUAAUACUGAGGAGUUUCAAUUAAUUUAUUUUGACAAAAAUCCACGCCAAGGGGCAUCAACGGAAUUUGUGUGCAAAGUUUAUAUGCCAAAAGAAGUUGUGUGGAAAGAGAGAGGAAGCUUAUCUAUGGAUGAUGGUGAGAGUCUGAUUUAUGGCUCCCAUGUGUUUUACAAAGGGAAUAUUUACUUUGCCUCAUAUCGGGAUAACUCCGAUCAUACUGAAAAAUAUCAUUAUAUGUCAUCAUACAACUUUGAAACUGGAGUGACAAAAAGGGUUAAUUUUCCAGAAGAACUUGCGAAAAUUGGGUACGAGCUCAGCACUUACAAGUAUGAGAUAUGUAUUUUCAAGUGGGGUAAGGCUGGAACCUCAAAUGCUGAGUCUAUUUGUGUGGUGCAUUUACUGGGUCGUACUGUUUUUACUAUAUGGGUUUUGACAGAUUUAGAAUCGGCUUCUUGGUCAAUGUUCUUGUCGUCUUCAAGUUUAGAUGAGAUGGGAUUGGAGAUUGAUUCUUAUGUUGAUGAGUUUACAAUAAUGAAUGGAGAUUCUUUAGUGAUUGUUUUAAGGAGCGGGGAUGUGUAUGUGUAUGAUUUGAUUGGGGCAAGAGGAAAAAGACUUGAAAAGAUUGGUGAAUUGGAAGUUAACGAAUAUAUGAGUUUAAUUCCUUAUUCUAAUACUCUUCGCUCAUGUGGAGCUGGGGCCAAAGGUUUCGUGUAUGAAACAUGA